AUGGCCUCCUCAUUGAUUCGCGGCAAACACCUCAUCAGCCCCCGGAGCGCCGGCGGCGUCGCUACUUUGGCUGACGGAGCGUUGUACCAGGAGGACGGCGUCAUCAAGGAUGUCGGCACGUAUCAGGAACUGCGGCAACGCUAUCAAGCGGACACUGAACUGGGCGGUCCGAACUACGCCAUCAUCCCCGGCCUGGUGAACACCCACCACCACGGGCGCGGCGUCACCACCCUGCAGAUGGGCACCUGUGACGACUGCCUGGAAGUGUGGAUCCUGGCCGGCUGGGGUCGCCGUCCCUACGACCACUACCUGAUGACCCUGUACACCGCCCUGAACAUGCUGGAAUCCGGCCAGACCACGGUGAUGUACAACCACCCCCAGACAGCGGCGGCAACGCUGAAAGAGGACGUCGACGCGGUGCUGCGGGGGUUCCUGGACGCCGGUAUGCGGGUGGCCUUUUCCAGCUACAUGCGCAACCAGAACCGGGUCGUCUAUGCCGGUGACGGGGAGUUCCUGGGCGGAUUGCCGACAGAUCUCGCCGACGACGUGCGCCGCUACCUGUCCGUGGCCCACAUGAGCGACGACGACUAUUUCGCCUUCUGUGAUGGCAUGGUCGGGGAGUAUCACAACCAUCCGUCGGGCAAGGUACGAGUGCUGUUCAGCCCCGCCAACGUACAGUGGAAUUCCGACGAGUUCCUGGUGCGGAGCAAGGAGCAGGCGGCCAGGCACCAGACGGGCAUCCACAUGCACCUGGUGGAAAGCCCUUACCAAAAGGACUACGGCAUCCGAACGUGGGGCAAGACGCCGGUGGAGCACCUGCAGGACCUGGAGUUCCUGGGGCCGGAGGUGUCCUUUGCCCACGCCGUCUGGCUCACCGAGCGGGACAUCGAUCUCCUGGCCGACGCUCGCUCCACCGUGGCGCACAAUGCCAGCUCCAACCUGCGUUUGAAGAACGGCAUCGCGCCGGUGAACCCCAUGCUGGCCCGCGGCGUCAAUGUGGCCAUGGGAACCGACAGCACCGCCAUCAAUGACGAUGACGACUUCCUCCAGGAGAUGCGGUUGGUGAGCAAACUGCACCGGCAGCCGGGCCUUGACUCGCCCGCCAUAACGGUGGACCAGGUGCUGACCAUGGCGACCGCCAACGCCGCUGCGCCAACCGGGUUCGGCAACGAAAUCGGCGUGCUGGAGCCAGGCCGUCGCGCCGACAUGGUGCUGGUGCGACUGGACAGCCUAGAAGACCCAUACCUUGACCAGGAACUGCCGCCGGUGGAAUUGGUGCUGGGCCGGGCCAAGUCCAAAGACAUCGCGGCGGUGAUAGUCGAUGGCGAGGUACUGCUGCGGGACGGCGUCCACACCCGCGCCAACAAGGCCGACGUCGCUCGGGAACUCCGCGAGCAACUGGCGCGACCGCUGGAACCGGAGACGCUGGCAACCCGACAGAUGGCGGGUCGGCUCACGCCCUACGUGGAGCAGUUCUAUCGCAGUCACCCGCCGGCCAUGGGCGCGCCGCAUUACGUCUACAACGGCCGGACGUGA